AUGGGAGUUAUUCAUUUCGAUUUGUUUUCUUCUGAAUUUUAUUUCAAUUUAGAUGGGAAGCACUACUAGAAAGGUACUAUUUAAGACCCAAGCACCAAUUUAUUUCAAACAAUUAAUUUGAAUAUAACUGAAUGCACUAAUCCUUAGCUUAAAGACUAUAAUUGCUUAGAUUUUUCUAAAAUAAGCAAUUAUUCUCUUGUCCUUGAUAAUUCCAAUAAUAUAAUAUCAUAGCUAUAUAUUAAUAUCUAUGGAUGUUUAGACAUAGAUGAAAUUAAAACAACGAUUCCCAAUAAUUGUGCAAAUUAGAGGGAAAUUGAUGCUGUUAUAAAUGGAAAUUAAGCUAGCUUAACGCUUCAGCUAAAGACAUAACAAUAUAAUGCUAGUUCCUAAUAAAUUUAGAUUAAUUAUAGAUAAUUAGAGAUAUACAGUAUAUCUAAUUAGUUUAUUUUGAGUUCUUUUAAGACUUAAAAGCAAGAUACAGAAGUUAAGCAAGGAUUGCUAUUUCAGGAGUAGUAAUAUUACUCUUUUCCUAUUUAAUAUGAUUAGAUUCUGUAUAAUUUUGAUAGAAAAACUUCUUUAGAAGCAGGUCUUGGACCAUUCAAUCAAGUUAUUAUUCGAUUGGAUGAAAUAGUUUAAUUUACUUAAAUUUAAUAUCCUACAAUAAUUUAAAUUUUAGCACUAGUAAAUAGCUUUGCAGCAGUAGUUAUGGUAACAAGAAUUUUAGGUAGACUUUUAUCAUAAAAUUUAAUAAAAGAAGAUAUUUUUAUUCUGAUUUUGAGAAAUUUAUUUUAAGAGAAAUGCUUGGAAAUACUAAAGAAUAGUAAAUUCAUAAGUGAAAAAGGCACUUUAACAUAAAUUUUGAGAAAAUAAAAGGAAGAGGAAGAAAAAGAUGAAGUAGUAGCUUUUGAUCCUGAAGAAAAGGAAAAUAAAACGAAUUUACUAGUGCCUAAUUUUUAAUCUAAAUUUUUAUAAAAGAGAGAAGCUUCUAAUUUUAGCUUCGAUAAUAGUAGUAGCUUUUAAAAGAAUAAAUAUUCUUUUGAUGAAGAAAAAGAGUAAAAAGAUCUAAGUAAAAUUAAUAAUAAUAAUAACCUAUUUUCUAUCUCACCUAAAAUUUUGAAUGUGAAAUAAAAAAAAACUUUAAAUUUAAUAAAUUUUGAAAAGUUUGAUAUGAUUUCUUAGAAUGAGUCAUUUACAACAACAUAGUAAAUUGAUAAUAGCAGAAUGUCUUCUUUGUAGAAAAAAUAAAGUAUUAGUUAAACUAAAUUGCUCAAAAAAUAACAGAAUUAACCAAAAAAUAAUUAUAAAAAUGAGCCUAAAGUGUAAGAAAAUAAAGAUUUAUCUCAAAUUAUAUCUUAAAGAUUGAAAGUUAUUAAAUGUAAUUCUAUCAAAAAGUUAAUACAAAAUACUAUAUUUAAAUUCAAAUGUAUCAAAGUCAAAGAAUUUCUUCAAUCAAAAGGAUUGUAGUAAAAAUAAUUAAAUUAGAUUCGUUUAGAAGCCUAGAAGAGUAUAAAUAUUUACGAGUUGUACAAGGAUAUAAUUUAUUUGAAGAAGGCUGUUAGCAUGAUACUUAGUUUAGAUUAAAUGGCUGCUUUAUAAUUUGUGGGUUUAACAAAUGACUUUAUGAAACUAGAUUUAGACGAAAAAAAUUUAAGAAUAAGUUAUGAAAAAGAGAAGAAAAAACUUAGCCACUUUGAAAAGCAGUAUUUGAUAUAGCAAUGCGAAGAAUUGUAAAUUAGUUAAAUUGAGAGCUUUAUAGCCAAAUGUUAAGAAAAUAGUGAUUUGACUGAAAUUGAUUAAAGAAUAAUUUCAUCUAUCUAUAAAAAAUAAUUAUGA